AUGUCCUCACAUUUUCUUUGGAGUUUGGUUACUUUUUUGACAUUUGCUGAAUUGGAUGGUGAAGGUGGAGGACUUGAGCUGCAGCAACAAAAAAGAAACAUGGAUUUCCAACAGCCUCGGAUGGCUACAGAGAGGGGAAAUUUAGUGUUUCUUACGGGGUCUGCUCAAGACAUUGAAUUUAGAACUGGAUCCCUGGGAAAAAUUAAAUUAAAUGAUGAAGACCUCAGCGAAUGUUUACAUCAGAUCCAGAAUAACAAAGAUGAUAUUAUAGAUUUAAAAAGGAAUACAACUGGUCUGUCUCAAAAUAUAUCUAAUCAGAUCUAUCAGCUUAAUUCCAAGCUUGUGGAUCUUGACAAAAAAUUUCAAAGCUUACAGCAGACAAUUGACAAAAAAGUCUGCAGCAGCAAUCCCUGUCAGAAUGGUGGAACCUGCCUCAAUCUGCAUGAUUCCUUUUACUGUAUCUGUCCCUCACAGUGGAAGGGUCCUCUCUGCUCAGUUGAUGUUAACGAGUGUGAGAUUUACUCAGGAACACCCUUGAGCUGCCAGAAUGGAGCCACAUGUGUGAAUACAGUGGGAAGUUACAGUUGUCUCUGCUCACCUGAGACAUAUGGACCCCAGUGUGCUUCCAAAUACAAUGACUGCGAAGGGGGCUCUAACGCACGCUGUGUCCAUGGCAUCUGUGAGGAUUUAGUCCGAGAACAAGCUGGAGAGCCCAAGUACAGCUGCCUCUGCAAUCCCGGGUGGACGUCCCCACUGAACAGCUCUGCCUGUGUGCUGGACAUAGAUGAGUGUAGCCUCUGGCCCGCACCUUGUUCCACACAUGCACAGUGCUUCAACACUCCAGGAUCUUUCUAUUGUGGGGCAUGUGCCACAGGCUGGCAGGGAAAUGGAUACAUUUGUGAAGAUAUCGAUGAAUGUGCAAUAAAUAAUGGAGGCUGUUCUGUGGCUCCACUUGUUGAGUGUGAGAAUACUCUCGGAUCUUACCACUGUCAGUCCUGUCCACCAGGGUAUCAGGGUGAUGGAAGAGUGUGCACGCUCACAGACAUCUGCUCAGUCAACAACGGGGGCUGCCACACAGAAGCAACAUGCUCCUCAGCUCUAGGUUCCUUACCUCUCUGCACCUGUCACCCAGGAUAUACUGGAAAUGGAUAUGGGCCAAAUGGAUGUGUACAACUCAGCGAUAUUUGCCAAAGUCACCCCUGUUUAAAUGGACAAUGCAUCCCAACAGUCUCUAGCUAUUUCUGUAAGUGUGAAUCAGGGUGGGCUGGUGUCAACUGCACAGAAAACAUCAACGAGUGUUUGAGCAACCCCUGUUUGAAUGGGGGAACUUGUGUUGAUGGCAUUAAUGCCUUCAGUUGUGAAUGCACACGUUUCUGGACUGGAGCCUUCUGUCAGAUUCCUCAGCAAGUUUGUGGAGAGUCCCUCUCAGGGAUCAAUGGAAGCUUCAGCUAUAUGAGUCCCGAUGUUGGUUUUGUCCAUGACGUUAACUGCUUCUGGGUUAUCCGAACUGAAGAGGGAAAGGUCCUGCGUAUCACUUUCACUUUUUUCCAAUUAGAAUCAGUGGCCGAUUGUCCACAUGAGUUUCUUCAGAUUCACGACGGAGAUUCCUCUGCAGCUUUUCAACUUGGAAGAUUCUGUGGCUCCGUACUCCCUCCAGAACUUCUCAGCAGUGGCAAUGCUCUCUAUUUUCAUCUCUAUUCUGAACAUUUAAGAAGCGAGAGAGGCUUUACAGUAAGAUGGGAAACAGAGGAACCAGAGUGUGGAGGUAUACUGACUGGUACUUAUGGUUCUAUUAAGUCUCCGGGGUAUCCUGGAAACUACCCCCCAGGAAGAGAUUGUGUCUGGAAUGUGGUAACCAGUCCUGGCCUCCUGAUAACAUUUACUUUUGGGACCUUGAGCCUGGAGCACCAUGAUAAUUGCAGCAAUGAUUAUCUUGAGAUUCGAGAUGGUCCUUUGCAGCAGGACCCCGUUCUUGGAAAAUUCUGCACCACUCUCUCUGUCCCGCCACUCCAGACUUCAGGUCCCUUUGCCAGAAUUCAUUUCCAUUCUGACACCCAGAUUAGUGACCAAGGCUUCCAUAUCACCUACUUAACAUCACCUUCGGAUCUGCAUUGUGGAGGGAACCACACAGACCCAGAGGGUGAGCUCCUCCUUUCUGGCUUGCCUGGGCCUCUCACGGGCAACAGGCAGUGCAUCUACAUUAUAGACCAGCCUCAGGGAGAACAAAUACAAGUCAACUUCACCCACGUGGAGCUGGAAGGCCAGAAUGGCUGCUCUCAGAGUUACAUUGAGGUUCGAGAUUAUCAAACCUUACUUGGGAAAGUCUGUGGCAAUGAAACUCUCUCUCACUUUAAAUCCAUUACUAAUGUUAUCUGGAUAAGGCUUAAAUUGGAUGCUUUUGUUGAAAAAGCUAGUUUCAGAGCUGUUUAUCAAGUCGCUUGUGGGGGUGAAUUAACUGGAGAAGGGGUCAUUCGCUCACCUUUUUAUCCAAAUGUGUAUCCUGGAGAAAGGAUCUGUACAUGGACCAUCCACCAACCCCAAGGUCAAGUAGUUCUUCUCAACUUCACUGCCUUUGAAAUUGGAAGUUCUGCUCACUGUGAUACAGAUUAUAUCGAGAUUGGUAGCAGUUCCAUUUUGGGUUCUUCUGACAAUAAAAAGUACUGUGGCGAAGACAUACCUUCAUUUAUAACAUCUGUGUACAAUUUUCUUUAUGUCACAUUUGUGAAAAGUUCAUCUAGUGAAAAUCAUGGUUUCAUGGCUAAGUUCAGUCCUGAGGAUUUGGCCUGUGGAAAAAUUCUUACAGAGUCAACAGGAAUCAUUCAAACUCCAGGCCAUCCAAAUAUCUACCCCCAUGGUGUCAACUGUACCUGGCAUAUAUUAGUCCAACCUGGCUACCUGAUUCAUUUGGAGUUUGAAACAUUUCAUCUGGAGUUUCAUUACAAUUGCACAGAUGACUACCUGGAAAUUUAUGACACUGACUCUGGGACAUCUCUUGGGAGAUACUGUGGAAAAUCGAUCCCGCCUUCUCUGACCAGCAGUGCUAACUCAUUAACGCUGAUAUUUGUGGCUGACUCUGACCUUGCUUAUGAAGGCUUUUCAAUAAACUAUAAAGCAAUUGAUGCAUCAACAGCAUGCUUCGAAGACUACACGGAUGAAUCUGGGACAUUCACUUCUCCAAACUUUCCCAAUAAUUACCCCGACAACUAUGAGUGCAUUUAUAGGAUCACAGUGGAAACCAGCCAGCAGAUUGCACUGCAUUUCACAAACUUCUCCUUGGAGGAAGCCAUUAGUGGAAACUGUUUAGCAGAUUUUGUGGAAAUCAAAGAUGGAGGUUAUGAAAAAUCACCUACUCUGGGGAUAUACUGUGGCUCAAAUCUACCUCCAAGCAUCAUCUCUCACAGUAACAAACUAUGGUUAAGAUUUAAGAGUGACAUAAUUGACUCAAGUUCUGGAUUCUCAGCUUACUGGGAUGGGUCAUCUACAGGUUGCGGGGGCAAUCUCACCACUUCCAGAGGUGUAUUCAUAUCUCCCAACUACCCGAUGCCUUACUACCACAGCUCUGAGUGUUACUGGUGGUUGAAGUCCAGCCAUGGCAGCGUGUUUGAGCUGCAAUUCCAUGACUUCCACUUGGAGUAUCAUCCAAACUGCACUUUAGAUUAUCUGGCUGUAUAUGAUGGCCCAAGUACCCACUCUCGUCUGCUAACUCAGCUGUGUGGAGAUGAGACCCCACCUCUUAUCCGUUCUAGUGGAGACAGCAUGUACUUAAAACUAAGGACAGAUGAAGGUCAGCAAGGACGUGGCUUCGAGGCAGAAUACUGGCAGACCUCCUGUACUCAACCCACCUUGGGAGAUUUACUUCUAACUUUUGAAACAAGGAACAGUUUUCGCUACCUUUAUGAUGGAGCACAGCGGAUGGGGCGCUACUGCGGAGAGGAGAGACCCCCUUCAGGGAGUACCACAAGCUCCAAGCUUCAAGUGCUGUUCCAUACUGAUGGGGUUGGUUACCACGAGAAAGGAUUUCAGAUGCAGUGGUUCAUUCACGGCUGUGGUGGGGAGUUGUCUGGAGCUUCAGGCUUCUUCAGCAGCCCCGGGUAUCCUAACGGGUAUCCACCCAACAGGGAGUGCAUCUGGUAUGUUACCACCACCCCUGGAAGUAGCAUCCAGCUCACCAUCUAUGACUUUGAUGUGGAGUAUCAUGCAAGAUGCAACUAUGACGUCCUGGAGGUCUAUGGAGGUCCUGAUUUCCACUCUCCCAGAAUGACCCAGUUGUGUGCCCAAAGAUCAUCUGAGAGCCCCAUGCAGGUCUCCAGCACUGGAAACAAGCUAGCAAUCCGAUUCAAGACCGACAGCUCUAUAAAUGGGAGAGGCUUCAAUGCCUCAUGGCAAGCAGUCCCUGGAGGUUGUGGUGGGAUUUUCCAGGCUCCCAAUGGAGAGAUUCAUUCUCCAAAUUACCCCAGCCCAUACAGGAGUAACACAGACUGUUCUUGGGUCAUUCGGGUUGAAAAAAAUCACCGUGUUCUCUUGAACUUCACUGACUUUGACCUUGAGCCUGCAGACUCUUGUAUUAUG